AUGUAAUGAUAGUAUUCUUCUAUCUCCUCUUUCUUUUUUCUCCUUCUCCUUCAAUCUUUCCCUUUCUCUUUCUCUUCUUUUCGUGCCGCCCCACACUCUCUCUUUGUCAAACCAUCAAACAUCACAUACCCAACAAUACCACAACACACACAUUCAGCUCCCUAUUGUGAUUGUCUUUGUCCCAUAAAGCAACCAAAGGAAAAAAAAAACAGAGGAUUCCCAAUUACCCUUUGCAUUCUUUUGUUCCCACAAUCCUAUCUGGGAUUGGAUUGAUUCAUUGUUCUGAUAGUGGUUGAUUCAUUGUUGAGGUUUUAACUUUGGGAGAGUUGUCAUAGAAGACAGAGGAAGAGAGGGAGAUGGGAUCAGAGUUGGAAAUUGGAAUCAAAAUCAGGAAAGUUGUUAUCUUUUCAAUCAGAAGGGGUUACAGAUCAGCUUCCCAGCAUCCAUUUCUUGUGGGUUUUUUGGGUUUCUUGCUUUUGUUGUACAGAUAUCUUCCUUUUCUGUUUUCUGUUUUGGUCUCUGUUUCCCCUGUUUUGUUCUGCACUGCUGUUCUGCUUGGGACACUUUUGAGUUUUGGUCAGCCAAAUAUUCCUGAGGUUGAACAAGAAGAGAAUGUUACUCAUGGCAUUGCUUCCUUCCAAAGAGGGUUCUCUGAGGGGGAGACUGUUGUUGCUCACAGAGAUGAGAGCUAUUUUGUGAAAGGAUAUUCAGAACAUAGGAGUGAUGUAGAAGAGAGUGGCAUUGAAGAAGCAAGUUUGGUUGGUGAGAAAGAUAAUAGGUCUGAGGAAGAUCGCGGCUUGCUUUCUGACUCGCAGCUGGAUGAUGAAAACUUGCAGGAUAUUCAGCCUGAGAAGAAGCAGGUAGAAAGGGAAGUGAAAAGGGAGUUUCAUGGUAUUGAGUUGGGAAAGAACAAGGAAGUCAAUGAGGAGAACCUGAGGUCUGAAGUUGUUUCGAGUGACGAGGAAGCUAUUGAGAAACAUUAUGUCUUGGUUCAAAAAGUAGAUGAUGAGAUUCUUGAAUUUGAGAAUGAGAAAAUUUCAGGAGACGCGCGUGGUUCUUUUAUGGGAGAUCACAUGGAUUGUUCAGCCAGUUCAUCUUGGAAAAAGGUGGAGAACAGUGAUUAUGAGGAUGACUCUGUGGAGUCAGGGUCUGAUGACGCAGAGAGCUCUUCACCAGAUGCUUCCAUGGCUGACAUCAUGCCAAUGCUUGAUGAGCUUCACCCACUAUUAGAUCAGGAUGCCCCACAACCUGCGCAUUUAUCCCGUGAUGAUUCUGACUCUGCAUCUGAGAAGUCUCAGCAAAGUGAUGAUGACAGUGUCGAAUCAGAUGAAGACAACGAAAACCAUGGUGAAGUGGAAGAACACGGUGGUGAUGAACGUGAUUAUGAAGAGGAAGAAGAAAUGGAAAGAGGCAAAGAGGAUGAAAGUAAAUCUGCUAUUAAGUGGACUGAGGAUGACCAAAAGAAUCUCCUGGAUCUGGGAACUUUAGAGCUAGAAAGGAAUCAAAGAUUGGAGAAUCUUAUAGCUAGGAGAAGAGCAAGGAGACUGAUGGCUGAAAAGAAUCUAAUAGACUUUGAUUCUGCUGAUAUUCCCUGUAACGUUGCACCUAUUGCUGUAAGACGUAACCCAUUUGAUUUCCCUGAUGAUUCCUAUGCUGGCAUGGGAUUACCACCCAUCCCUGGAUCCGCUCCAUCUAUUCUACAGCCUAGACGAAACCCUUUUGAUAUUCCGUACGACUCAAAUGAAGAAAAGCCUGACCUUAAGGGGGACAGUUUUCAACAAGAGUUCACACAGUUUGUUCAAAAAGAUACAUUUUUUCGGAGGCAUGAAAGUUUCAGCAUGGGUCCAUCAGUAUUGGGGAUAUCCAAGCAAGAGAGGCAUGAUAUUAGUUGGAAACCUGUCUUUAUAUCUGAAAGGAUGGCUUCUGAGGGAACAAGCUAUCCCUCAUUCCAGAGGCAAUCUAGUGAAGCAAGUGAUUCAAAGUUGAGUUCUGUUCCAGAUACUGAAUCAGUGAGUUCAGGUGAUCAGGAUGAGAGGAAAUUUAGUGAACAAGAGUUGUCUCAAGAAACUGAAUUAACAUCUAACAUGGAUCAUCUUUCUGAUGUUGUUGAACAUGGAAGCCAAUCAUCUGGCGAAAAUGACUCUGUGGAAUUGAUAAAUGUAGAUGAGAGUAGUGUUCACCAUGAUGAAGGUGAAAUCGUGCUGGGUGGGGUGGAAGAUCCUUCUGAGAUGGAAUUAUAUACUGAGACAGGAGAGGUUGGAACCCAUGAGCAUUUUAACGCUGGGGAAACACAUUUGAGAAGAGAACCCAGUGAUGAGGUGAGCAGUAGCAGCAGCAGCAGAUCAAGCCGGUCUUUACAAUCAGAAGUGAUUGACGGCAUACCAGAUGAGAAUAUGGAACAAACGUCAAAUUCGCAGCAAGAAGAUAGCCACCUUCCUGAAUCUAGGAUUUCCAGACAAGCUUCAUUGGAGGGAUCAAACUUCCAGAACAAGAGUGGUGAUGUGGAAGACAUUCUACAUGUAGAACCUGUUUACGAUUCUAGUCCAUCUGCUGCUGAAAACCUCCAUUCGUUUCCUUCGGUGUCUUCGGAUUUUGCAACAGAGUUCUCCGAGAGGGCAUUGCCUCCUGUUUUAGAAGUUACUUCUGAUGUGGUAGAUAAAGAGCAUUAUCACCGACUGGAGGAUAAUACUUCUAGUCAUGAAGAAACUGAAGCAGCCUCUUCUGAACUGCGUUUAGAAGUAAAAAAUGAAACUGAAGCAGCCUCUUCUGAACAGAUAAAUCAGCACAUGGUUACUGCAGAUGAGUUAUCUGCAGCUGUCCCAAAUUUCGGCAGUCAUAAUGGAUCUACAAUGGCUGAGAUUCUAGUUGCCCCUGUCUCUGUGGAUUCGAAUUUGUCUUCAGAUAUUGAAUCAGUAAAGGGUGUGAGCAAUUCAGGUUUGGUUCAUGGACAUGAUCUAGCAGACCACAUGUCUGCUGAUUCUGAAGUGCUUCAUCAAGACAAUGUAGAUUCUCCAGAUUCAAACUAUCAAAUGGCUUCUGAAAAGUCAUAUGAACAUCUAUCAGAUUAUGAAUCUGUGGAUGAAGGUGCACAGUCCAAUGUGGUAUCAAGAUUUGAUAAUGCAAAUACGUCUGAGUCAGUCCAAGAUGCAGAUGAAAUGCCCAACUUGGAAGCUUAUGAUGGCUAUCAUACACCUUCUAAUGGUUUGUCUAUGCCUUCAGAACAUGAUUUACAACAUUCACUUGUAGCUGGGCAAGCACCAGUGAUUCAUCCUAACUUUCCUUCUGAAGAAACUGAACACGUGGAGCAAAUUUCAUCAAAUAACGAAGGCAUAUCUCCUAUUCAACAGGAUGAAGUCCUCUUGUCACGUUCCAUGGAGCAAGGUAACACUGAGAUCCAUCAAGGUUUGGAUAAGGAUAUUGUUUCUUUCGCUCCCGAUAGUCAACAUGAAACUGAUGUGAAGUCCCCCUCCAACUUGGAGAAUCAUCUAUCAAGCUCCGAUAAGUCAGUGGGUGCACAAUCUUCUAGUGAUCAUGAUGAAAUUCAGAAUUCUGAUGCUAUCCGGGUAGAACUUGCACAGGAUGUUGACACUUCCAGUGGCGGAGUUGGGGAGUCACGUAAUGCCAUUGACAAUACCCCUCUAAAUAUUUCCUCUGUGAAUUCUGAGAAGUUUGGGACACCUGAAUUCAGUUCACCCACUAGCGAAGUGGAUUCGGAAGUUGAUAGGCAUGAGGAAGUUGAAAAUGAUGACCAAAACAAAGCACAAGAAAACUUGGUUCCUUCAGCUGAGGGCUACAUGUCUCAGGAAACUGAAGAAACUAUUAGUGAAUUUGAUGAUAUGAAGGAAAUUGAUGAAGAAUUCUUGUCAGAAUUGGACACUGUUGGAGAUUUUAAUGUCACUGAUGCGGGUGUGUCUCUUCAUACUGACAUUGUGCAUGAAAAAACUGGAGAUGCUCAACUUAGCUCGCUGCCUGAGGACGUAACGAUAGCAGAGGUUGAGCAAGACAUUCCAGUUCUUGAGGCUAGAUCACUUGAAGACAUUAACUUGGCUUUUAAGCAACUUCAAGAAGGAGUGGAUGUUAAGGAGGCCAUCCUUCCAAGUUCAACUGAGGAUCAGCUUGUGAGUGAAGAAUCUAAAGAUCAUCGGGAUGUUAAUUCAGACCUUCGAGUUAUUGAAGCCCGAUCGCUUGAAGAUGCUAAUGUUGCUUUAGAGAAAAUCUCUGAAGAUAAUCAAGAGGAGCUGCCAAAACCUUUGGAUUUGAAAGACACAUCAGUCAAAAUAGAAGCAAAAGAAGUGGACUCUGAAAAGAUGGUUGAAUCCUUUGAUGUAGCAACCAAUGUUGAGGAAAUUAGCAGAACUCCAGAAGAGAACUUGGAAAAUGUACCCACAAGCAGCUCGAGUAAUAAGGAAAAAUCUCACAGUAGGAAAUCGAGUUCCAGUUCCAGUUCCAGCUCGAGCUCGAGCUCUAGCGAUUCUGAUUGAUUCUGAGAUGUCGCAUGGAGCAAAACGAACGAGUUUUCUCGUUUAUGUUCUUUUAUUUUUUUUCUUCAGUGAUGGGAGUUUGGGAUUUCUAGCCUUGGCAUCCCUCAUGUCUUGGCUAAUGGUAGAGGUCAGAUUUCAAUAGUUUUGAUGGAUUGGUUUCUUCAAGAAUGAGUUUUGGUUUUAUUUCUUGAAGCGUGCAGUUUUUUUUUUGUUCAAUUUUACACCCUAGUGUGAGCAAUUUGGCAUAUACAGGGCGAGAGUUUAUUUCCAGCAGGUGCAUAUUGUGUAGUCCAAAAAAGAAAAAGAAAGAAAUUGGAUUUUUGUACAUUAUACUUUGAUUGUAGAAGUGGUGAUUGAACUGUGUUUCUAUGUAUAGAGCCAGUGGUUGUUUUCUGGGUUCUUUCUCUA